AUGAUCAUUUGCUUUGAAACUGAGCAUCGCAAGAAGGAUGGAACAUACAAGAGUUCUCUAAAGUGGGCUCAUGUAGAGGGGGAAGAUUUUGUUAAUCAAGAAAUUGAGGGUCCAGAUGGUGAAGAAGUAGUUGGUGACAGGACAUAUGAAGGCACUCCAGGUCAAGCGGCUCGUGCAAGGCUGAUGGAUGCACUCUUUGACAGUCCUCACUCAGGUGCACAACGUAGAAUGGUGCUGGAGGAUCAGGAGGGGGGUGAUGGUGAUGAGGGGGAGCUGCCAUUUCUUCCCUGCAACAUGGGGAGGGCAAUUGGUUGUCUCGUCAACCAUCAUAUCAUCACCUUCUUCAAGCGUCGAAGUUGUAAUCUGGUGCCGGAAGACCAGGAAGGUGGAAUUGGGGGACAUAUUAUAAGGGGCGGUAUGGGAGGAAGAAGGGGGAGAAGGGGGAGAAGGGGGGAGAAGGGGGAGAAGGAGGAGCAGGAGCAGGAGCAGGAGCAGAAGGGGGAACAGGAGCAGGAGCAGACACACAAUAUUGAGCACUCAGAGAAUAUUAUUGAUUGUAUUGCAAAGAUGAAGUACUGGAACCAUAAGGAUGGGUAUUGUACAAGGGAUAUGGGAGAGCACAAGGUGACCAUUGAUGAGUAA